AUCAAAACAAAGGAGGCCUCGGGCAUGGUUCCCGCAUUUACCGGCAUUUAAAAGCUAAUUCAAACAGUAACAACGAAUAUUUACUAUCGCCUGUGAAAUUGAAAACGGGGACUAUUUACCUUUCAUAAUGUUUUAGUUUUAAUACUUGCUUUAAGUGCUACACGGCUGCCUAGGACAGCACAUUCUGUUUGCCCACAUGGCUCCAAUUUUGAUUCUGGAAGCAUUCUACGGCGGUUCCCACAAACAGUUGGUAGAUGUGUUGCUAAAAAAUCUCAAGGAGGAAGAGCACGAUCUGCUUACCAUACCGGCAAAAAAAUGGCACUGGUGUGCACGGAUGAGUGCGUUACACUUUGCCGGUCGCAUCUCUACUGCCCACCGGUACCAAACUAUUUUCUGCAGCUCGGUACUAAAUCUAGCUGAGCUGAUUGGAAUGCGAACGGAUCUCGCUGCCUGCCGGAAGAUUGUUUACUUUCACGAAAAUCAACUGUGCUACCCGGUCAGGGAUGCGAAACAGCGUGACGUCCAGUAUGGAAUCAACCAGAUAACGACGUGCCUUUGUGCUGAUAGGAUACUGUUUAACUCACGGUACAACAUGAACUCCUUUCUCGAUUGUAUAGAAUCGUUUUUAAGAAAAGUACCCAACAUGAGCUUCCAGGGCGUAAGAGAGAAAAUUGUACCAAAGUGUGACGUUCUGUACUUCCCGGUGGAGUUUGGGAAGCUGACAAAGAGAGGUGUUAAAGCAGAGAAAGAAGAAAGCCUCCCUCUCCACAUCAUUUGGCCUCAUCGCUGGGAGCACGAUAAAAAUCCGGAACAGUUGGUCGAAGCGUUGCUGGGACUUCAGGCGAAGGGGGUCAACUUUCGCGUCUCAAUAUUGGGCGAACGAUUCGAAACCAUUCCCAUUUGUUUUGAGCAGCUGGAGGAACGAUUGCCGGGGAAGGUGGCACAGUUUGGACCACUGCCGAGGGAGGAGUAUUUGCGCACGUUAUCCGAAGGGGAUGUGGUACUGUCCACCGCACUGCACGAGUUUUACGGAGUGGCAAUGCUUGAAGCGAUUUACAGUGGAUGUGUUCCGUUGGUUCCGAACCGGUUAGUUUAUCCGGAGCUCUAUCCAAAAGAUAAACUGUUCAAUACAACGGCACAGUUGGUAAAGCAGCUGUACAAUUGGUGCCGUAAUCGUGCGCUGUUUGAAAAGCAUCGCGAAGACUUUUUUGGUAAGAUUAGCCUGGACGGUUACUCGGCGGAGCAGCUUGUGCCGCAAUUCAUCGCCAUUCUAAGGAAUACGCAAUGAGGGAUAAGAGCCGUGUAUUACCAGCACUGCCCCCCUCCUCCUGCACGAAGCAAAGCUCCUGGGAAAAGACACCUAACCGAGUUUCUUAGUCUUUCGCUAGACAUUCCGAUGAUCCUUCUUCUCGUUAUCCCUGGGCACGCUGCAAAGACACACGCUGCGUCCUGUGUGUGUGUGUGUGUGUGUGUGUGUGUGUGUCGGUGUGUGAAGUGAGUCGUGAGUUUCCGUACAGAUGUUUCGUUAACACUUGAGCUGACGCCAAAAACAUGGUACAGAGGACGGCGGUUACGGGAUGAUGCUGCUUAUCGUCUUCGGGCUUUCCGGCGUUUUCUCGGCCAAAUACAUACACACACAUAAAAGUGCGAGAAGAAGCCCAGUAAGGAACGAAAUCAAACAUGGAUUGUUUAUUUGCUUGGCAGCAGCAGCAGCAGCAGUUUCGAUAUGAUGGGGAUUGGGAAGCCUGCCUGCGUGUGUGUGUGUGUAUGGGUCUUCAAGGAAGGAUUUCAACUUACCACAGAGCGGAUGCUGCUUCUUCACAACAGCAAAGGCUUAGAUGGCAAUUGGGUGGGUGGUUGGUACAUGCGGAUACGGAAGAUGAUGCCGCCUCUUCUUAUCGACGAAAGAAUCAAUUUAAAGAACGUUUAAACAAACAAACUUUCUAUGGCCAUUCGGCAGAUAAAGAGAGAGAGAGAGAGAGAGAGAGAGAGAGAGUGUGAGGGGGAGCGAGAUCAGUCGAACGACAAGAUCAAAAGGGGUUUAGCUUUGGUUCGAUGCUUUGGUUCGAAGCGGGGUUGGUUUCGAGCGCACCUCGUCAAUGCCGCUGUAUGCAGAUGU